AUGUUGGCAAGAGCGAGAAGUCAAAACUACCAAUUCGUGCUGCAUCUAGAUUCCCCAUUUCCACGACUUGAUCAUCCAUCAUAAUAAGAUGUUCACGUGAGGCUUUGCGGUGAGAUAGUCGUACAGACCCUAAAUCCGACACCACUUGAAAGCAGAGUCAUAUCUCCGGUUUACAGUACCACAAUGUUAUAGAAAGGCUUUAGCUGUAGCCAUAAGAUUAGAUCAAGAGAAGCUGUUGCCACAGGAGAAGACACGCUCCGCCCAGCUGACGUGGCGCCUAGUCUGGAUAGAAACACGGAAGCGAAGCAUCUUGGUACGGUUGAGUGGAAGAAAUGCUGAGUUUAAAAUAAUCUUCAAAGUUUCGAGGGGAUGGAGCGAGAGAGAGUGUUGGCGACAGAGAGGUACGGCUCCUUGGGACGAUGGAGCUAUCGACCGAAGGACGAAGCAUUGGAGAGAGAAAGAGAGGGGGGUGAUAACAGAUGGACCAGAAGCUCUUUUCUUGGGGUGUUGAAAAGUGUCUUCCUGCCCCAGGGGUAUCCUGAGAGUGUGAGUGAAGAUUACCUGCAGUACCAGCUCUGGGACACAGUCCAGGCUUUUUGCAGUUCCCUCUCAGGCACGCUCUCCACUCAGGCUUCUUUGCGGGGUGUUGGGGUUGGCAGUGGGGAGGCUACUGUUGCUGCUGCCACUGUCACCUGGUUACUAAGAGAUGGCACUGGGAUGUUGGGUAGGAUUCUCUUUGCUUGGGUUAAGGGGAGUAAACUCGACUGUGACGCCAAGCAAUGGAGGCUGGUAGCCGACAUUCUCAAUGACAUCGCUAUGUUCAUGGAAAUUGUGGCACCAAACUUCCCAGCAUGCUUCACUCUGAUUGUCUGCACUGCUGGAAUUUUUAAGUCCAUUGUUGGGGUAGCAGGCGGUGCAACACGAGCUGCACUCACCAUGCAUCAGGCCCGCAGAGACAACAUGGCCGACGUCUCUGCUAAAGAUGGCAGCCAGGAGACUCUAGUGAAUCUGGCAGGAUUACUGAUCAGCCUUCUGCUCAUUCCCCUGGUCACUGACAGCACUCUGUUGACUUUUGCCCUGUUCUUCAUCUUUACCGUAUUCCACCUCCUGGCCAAUUACAGGGCAGUUCGCUCUGUCGUCAUGGAGACACUCAAUGAGGCUCGACUCUCCAUUCUGCUCCACCACUACCUGCGAGAUGGUCGGAUUUUAAGCCCAUCAGAAGCCAACCAAAGAGAGUCUGUAUUCCUGGGGUUCAAGAGGAGUGUCUCCCUUAAACUUGGAGUAAGGCUGGGAGAUGUGGUCUCCAGCCCAGAGGAACUCGAGUUGGCUUUGAUAAACAAUGACAAGCCAUAUCUGAUCGGACUCAAGCCUGACUGUGUGUGUGUGUGCCUGGGUGAGGAAGUGACGGUGUCUGAUGAAAUACAGUCUGCCUGCCAGGCCAUGUGCGUGGCGACAGUGCUGCUCUCUCAGGUGUCUGAGGGCCCUUUGGACACUCCUUUGGAAGCACUUGCAGCUGCACGCACGCGAGGUCCCCGGGAGCUGCUGGCUGAGAGUCGUACACUUAUUGACAAGAUUUUUCCCCCAUUCCUGGAAGGCCUGAAGGUGGGGGGCUGGCAGGUCACUCAUGCGCUGUUGGACUGGGAUGAGUGGCGGGUGGACUGGAAAAAGAAGAGGGAGUAACGGGUGGACAAAAGAGGAGAGACUGACAUCUGGGAAACAGCCACAAUCAACACUGGCACAUGUCUCUCCAAACACACAGCUCAGCCCAACACUGGCACAUGUCUCUCCAAACACACAGCUCAGCCCAACACUGGCACAUGUUGGGCCAAACACACAGCUCAGCCCAACACUGGCACGUGUCUCUCCAAACACACAGCUCAGCCCAACACUGGCACGUGUCUCUCCUACCACAGCCAUUCAUCUCUGGGGGUUGAUAUACCAGGUAAAGCCCUUUUGGAUGAACUGGUGUGAACAGUGUAAAAAUAAACCUCUUCCCCGUUUAAAAUG